CUUCACCCACCACCCGACAAAUUCCAGCAACAGAAAUUGGUGGGCUGAGACUCCAGACGCAGAUUACAAGAAGCUAAGGAAGAAAGCGAAUCCUACCCCCAAACCCAAGGGCUUCGGCGUCGCCGGAAAGCCCCUUAAUUCUCCUCAACAGAUACCAGCAGGAACACUUACUAGUUUCUUGAUGGCCGCCUCUGCAGCAGCCAGGGCUAUCCUCUUCUCACGGGCCACCGCCGAUUUAUCUGUUAAACACGCCUUCUCUCCGCCUCUGUCUUACCAUCUCCUUACUCGCCCCUUACUCCCCCCAGCCCCCAGGAAACGUUCCUCAAUCACCUGCCUUAUUUCCGGCGUCGACGGCGGUGGAGUUUCCGAUGAGUUUGUUUCCACCAGAAAAUCCACCUUCGGCCGCGAAUUCUCCGUCAUAGCUAAUAUGCUUAAGCGAAUUGAGCCUCUGGACAAUUCGAUUAUCUCCAAGGGGGUUUCUGAUUCCGCUAAGGAUUCCAUGAAGCAGACGAUUUCUACGAUGCUUGGGCUUUUGCCUUCCGAUCAGUUCUCCGUUACCGUUAGGGUUUCCAAACGGCCCCUCGAUCGUCUCAUAGUCUCCUCUAUCAUCACUGGGUAUACAUUGUGGAAUGCAGAGUAUAGAAUAUCAUUGAUGAGGAACUUUGAUAUAUCACCGGAUAGUUCGAAAAGGUCUGAUUUUGCAGAGCACAAUUCGGAGGUGAGGUGGGAGGAGAGUGACAGUGGGGGAGGUGAAAAAGGUAUUGGUGGUGGAGUCGAACUGCGUGCAGCGGAAUUGGAGAGAAUGAAUCUUCAGAAAUUCAGGGAUUUGUCUCCAGAAGCAUCAAAAUAUAUCGAGCAAUUAGAAUUGGAGUUGUCCACAGCUAAGGAGGAGCUCUGUGCCAAGAAACUGGAAAAUUUGCAAAUGGAGCAUAUAAAAAAGAGUAACAACAAUCUACUGGAGUACUUAAGGUCCUUGGAAUCGGAUAUGGUAACUGAAUUAUCUAGACCAUCAUCACCUGAGGUGGAGGAAAUAAUCCACCAACUUGCUCAAAAUAUACUGCAGAGAUUUUUCAAAGAAGAGAUGGCCUCUAAUUGUGAGGGCGACUUGGCUAUAAGUAGUAUACAGAACUAUCAACACAGUGAUGAUGAGUUUUCUGAGACCAUUGGCACUUCACGGGAUUAUUUGGCCAAGCUGCUUUUCUGGUGCAUGUUACUGGGUCAUCAUUUAAGAGGCUUGGAGAACAGAUUGCAUCUAAGUUGUGUUGUUGGUUUGUUAUAAGAAAAGGAAGUACAAUGAGGGAUGUAAAUUCUUCUUUUGCCUUUUUGCUCAUAAUGCUUUUACAUUUUAUUUUGUCCAUACAUUUUGUUGUACUUCUGUUAAUCCAAAUAACUUAGAAGAUAUAAA